AUUUUUUUUUUUAAUCUUACACAACAGUUAUUCAUGUCAAAAUUUUUUAGUGUUAAAUUUCAAAAUUUCGAAAGUUUUUCUUUUCGUACAAAUAUAGAGAGAUGCGUUUGCCACUAAAUAUGCUUGGAAGAGUAACACGCCUGACAUUGCGUCCUAUUCCAGGACUGCAUCGCUCUGUUGCUUUGACGACCAGACGACACUUUAGUGCCAGAAUAGAUGAUCCCAAUCGACGUGUUACUAUGUUGCAAUCGAUGCGGGAAUUCUUUAUGCAUCCCCUCACCUGGGAUCGAAAUAAUGGCUAUCUGAAUGUCUUGCUAGCCCUGGCCAUCUUUGGAUUCUGUUUCUUCAAUUCUUGUGCCCCUUGUGAGCCCCCCAAGCAGGAUGAAAUCGUCGCGCCCAAGAAACAAUAAGAAAAACCAAAGCUAUAUUUGGAAUCAUGUCUGAUGGAUGCCUCCAUGGGCCUUCCAUCAUUUAUCAUUGCACGUGGAAAUGCAUUCCAGGAAUUGGAGCAGAACGACCUCUCCCAGAACGUCCAGAACCAAAGCCCCAGUAAUACUGUAAGAGUCGGGAAGCCGGCUGAUGAUGAUGAUGAACAUAAUUAACCAAGCCCAAAAAAAAAAAUGAAAUAUCAACUUAAAUUUAGCUCGUAAUUAAAAGCCAUUAAAUGUUACGCAAAAUUA